AUGACCAUCCCUGCACCCGAGUCAGCACCCGUCGGUGGAAUGCGCCGCAUUGUCACCGGCCACGAUUCCAGCGGUCUUGCCAUCAUCGACAAGGACGAUGUCAUCGAGCGACUUGACCUCACUCCUGAACAUGCAACUUUUGCGGUCAUGUGGAGCACGAACGAAUGGCCCAUUGACAACAUGACUCCUGGCGAUGGCGCUGUGAAGCCGAUCUUUUCGGGCAAGUCUCACAACGAAAAUGGCUCAGUCGUCCGCUUCGUCGAUAUGCCCCCUGGUGUCAGCAGCCCGAUGCACAGAACACAGACGCUCGAUUACGGCAUCGUCCUGUUCGGAGAAGUUGAGCUCGAGCUCGACUCGGGUGACAAGAGGACGAUGAAGGCCGGCGACACUUGCAUCCAGAGGGGAACCAACCAUCUUUGGAGGAACAACACAGACAAGUGGGUGAGGAUGGCCUUUAUCUUGCUGCACAGCAAGCAGAUUACCAUCGACGGCAAGCCGCUCAAGGACGAGGGCUUCCCUGGCUCUCAGUAG